AUUUUCGGCGGCGGGAGCGGCGGAGCAGCAGCGGAGCGGAGCAGGCGGGCGCGGGGCGGCGGCUGCGGGGAGGAGCCGCAGGGGACAGCGCUCGCGGGCGGCCGAGGAUGCUGCGGGGCGGCCGCGCCGGGGCCCCUCGUUCGUGACCGCGGCGUCGCGUCUGAGGCAGCCGAGGCUGCGGGCCCCGCGCGGUCCUGCUCCGCGCACGCGCCCCGCGACCUCUCGGAGCUGACAGCGCGAGCGCGCGGCCCCGCGGGAGCAGCACGACGGACCUAGUCCUUCUCCUGCUACUCUGGUUGUUCCCAUGUUCCUUUGCUGGUUUUCUUCCUUCUUCCAACUGUGACCACUUCUCAAGGCUUUUUCUGAAUGUACGACAACAUGUCCACGAUGGUGUAUAUAAAGGAAGACAAGUUGGAGAAGCUGACACAGGAUGAGAUUAUUUCUAAGACAAAGCAAGUGAUUCAGGGGCUGGAAGCUCUGAAGAACGAGCACAAUUCCAUCUUACAAAGUUUACUUGAGACACUGAAGUGUUUGAAGAAAGAUGAUGAAAGUAAUCUGGUGGAAGAAAAAUCAAACAUGAUCCGAAAGUCUCUGGAAAUGUUGGAGCUUGGCCUGAGUGAGGCACAGGUUAUGAUGGCUCUGUCCAACCACCUGAACGCUGUGGAGUCCGAGAAGCAGAAACUGCGCGCACAGGUUCGUCGGCUGUGCCAGGAGAAUCAGUGGCUGCGGGACGAGCUGGCCAACACGCAGCAGAAGCUGCAGAAGAGCGAGCAGUCCGUGGCUCAGCUGGAGGAGGAGAAGAAGCACCUGGAGUUCAUGAAUCAGUUAAAGAAAUACGAUGACGACAUCUCCCCAUCCGAGGACAAAGACACUGAUUCCACCAAAGAGCCUCUGGAUGACCUUUUCCCAAAUGAUGACGACGAUCCCGGUCAAGGAAUCCAGCAGCAGCACAGCAGUGCGGCGGCGGCCGCACAGCAGGGCGGCUACGAGAUCCCGGCGCGGCUGCGCACGCUCCACAACCUGGUCAUCCAGUACGCCUCGCAGGGGCGCUACGAGGUGGCUGUGCCGCUCUGCAAGCAGGCCCUGGAGGACCUGGAGAAGACGUCCGGCCACGACCACCCGGAUGUGGCCACCAUGCUGAACAUCCUGGCCUUGGUGUACAGAGACCAGAAUAAAUACAAAGAUGCCGCUAAUCUGCUGAACGAUGCCUUGGCUAUCCGCGAGAAGACUUUGGGCAAAGAUCAUCCUGCGGUGGCGGCGACUCUGAAUAACCUUGCGGUGCUUUACGGCAAGAGAGGGAAGUACAAGGAGGCCGAACCGCUGUGUAAGAGAGCGCUGGAGAUCCGAGAGAAGGUUUUGGGAAAGGAUCACCCCGAUGUUGCCAAGCAGUUAAAUAACUUGGCCUUACUGUGCCAGAAUCAGGGCAAGUACGAGGAAGUAGAAUAUUAUUAUCAAAGAGCCCUUGAGAUCUACCAAACAAAACUGGGGCCUGAUGACCCCAAUGUGGCCAAAACAAAAAAUAACCUGGCAUCCUGCUAUCUGAAGCAAGGAAAAUUCAAGCAAGCAGAAACACUGUACAAAGAGAUUCUCACUCGUGCACACGAAAGGGAGUUUGGCUCUGUAGAUGAUGAAAAUAAACCCAUUUGGAUGCACGCUGAAGAAAGAGAAGAAAGCAAAGGAAAGCAAAAGGACGGGACAUCUUUUGGAGAGUAUGGCGGCUGGUACAAAGCCUGCAAAGUUGAUAGUCCAACUGUUACAACUACUUUGAAAAACCUCGGGGCACUUUACAGACGUCAAGGCAAGUUUGAGGCUGCAGAGACAUUGGAGGAAGCCGCCAUGAGGUCCCGUAAACAGGGUCUUGACAAUGUUCACAAACAGAGAGUAGCCGAAGUGCUGAAUGACCCCGAGAACAUGGAGAAGCGGAGGAGCCGGGAGAGUCUGAACGUGGACGUGGUCAAGUACGAGAGCGGCCCUGACGGAGGGGAGGAAGUGAGUAUGAGCGUAGAGUGGAACGGGGACGGCACGGGAUCUUUAAAGCGCAGUGGCUCCUUUAGCAAACUCCGGGCUUCAAUUAGACGCAGCAGUGAGAAGCUGGUUAGGAAGCUGAAGGGAGGAAGCUCUCGAGAGAGUGACCCAAAGAACCCCGGCAUGAAGCGGGCCAGUUCCCUGAAUGUCCUUAACGUGGGUGGCAAGGCUGCUGAAGACCAUUUCCAAGAACGAAAUACUUGUCUGGCGGACUCGCGAGCUCUGAGCGCCAGCCACACUGACCUGGCCCACUGAGGGCCGAGGCAGAGCUAGCUAGAACCCCCGAGACUAACGAAGCACUGAGGCCCGCGGGCUUUGCCACGCCCCUACCCACUCAGCAGGGCCCCCCGCUCCGGGGUUGCUUCCUUUUCUAGCUAGUGCUGUCCGCCGCCUCUUGGAGGUUUGCCCCGAAUUCUGUUAAGCUGUCGGUGCUACUAGCGACCAAGAGGGGCCGAAGUGUGAGCGUGAGACCGGCCGGGCGCAGAGGCCCGCGGAGGCCCGCGCAAGUGGCUGCAGCUCGUUGGGAACCAGCCGCUGCUCCCGGGACACUUGUACUCUCUGCCACUACACCAGGAUCGGUUGUAAAUGUUCACACUGUAUUAAGGCUGUAAAUUCAGGCUCUGGAACGUCGCACUGCACCCUUCUACACUAUGCAUCUGAUGGCCUCUGGCAGCGCCCCCGGGAUU